AUGAUUGUUGAAUUACUCUUUUGUGAUGUUGUGACAACUGUUGAUGUUGAAACUGUUGUUGAUGGUGUGACUAUUGCUGAUGUUGAAACUAUUGUUGAUGAUGUACCUAUUGCUGUUGUUGAAACUUUUGUUGAGGUUGAAACUGUUGUUGAUGGUGUGACUAUUGCUGAUGUCGAAACUAUUGUUGAUGAUAUACCUAUUGCUGUUGUUGAAACUGUUGGUGAUGGUGUAACAAUUGGUGAUGUUGAAACUGUUGUUGAUGGUGUAACUAUCGCUGACGAUGAAACUUUUGUUGAUGGUGUAACUAUUGGUGAUGAUGUGGCUAUUACUGACGUUAAUCCUGUUGUUGAUGAUGUACCUAUUGCUGACGCUGAAACUGUUGUUGAUGGUGUUAUUAUUGGUGACGUUGAAACUGUAGCUGAUACUGUAACUGAAUUUGCGAUUGAUGUCGAAGCUGAUAGUAUAGUUGUUGGGUUAUCUAAUAGUGUAAGAAGAUAG